AAGACCUAAACACCUGGUAAAAAUCUAAACUUGCUUAGUCAUGAAAGAGGAGGAUGUUUUUAAAACUUCUCUUAUUGGCUACUUGGUGAAAGGAUUUUAACCCCUGAAUACUGUGAUCACAACGUUACAUGUCUGUAGAAUAGAAUGGAGACUCCAGGAAAGCCUGUGCUUCAUGGAUAUUUCAGAAGUUCUUGCUCAUGGAGAGUACGCAUUGCUUUUGCCCUGAAGGGUAUUGAAUAUGAUCAAGUACCUGUGAACCUUGUCAAGGAUGGAGGCCAGCAGCUCACAGAUCAGUACAGAGCAGUUAACCCAAUGCAACAAGUGCCUGCAGUCACCAUAGAUGACAUCACCUUGUCCCAGUCACUGGCUAUCAUCCAGUACAUUGAUGAAACCCGGCUGCCACGUCUUCUUCCGGUUGAUCCACAGCAGCGAGCUCAAGUGCGCAUGAUCUCUGAUCUCAUCGCCUCUGGGAUACAGCCUCUACAGAACCUCACUGUGUUGGAGAAAGUUGGUUCUGAAAAGAUACAGUGGGCUCAACAUUUCAUCAACAAGGGAUUCAAGGCCCUCGAGUCCAUUCUGAAGCAGACAUCUGGAACAUACUGUUUUGGCAAUGAGAUAUCAAUGGCUGAUAUUUGUCUUGCACCCCAAGUCUACAAUGCUGAAAGGUAUAAAGUGGACCUCGAUCAGUAUCCCACAAUCAAGCGGAUAAACCAGACUCUAAUGGAGAUUGAGGCCUUCAAAGUCAGUCAUCCGUCCUGUCAGCCUGAUACACCUGAUCAAAUGAGAGCAUAAAUGUCAAUUUUAAGCAUUGUUGUUCACUUGGCAGCAGCAAAGAUUAAAGCAUUACCAAAUUAACUUCA